AUGGAUUCAAGAAAUGAAAAUAACGACAACAAUCGUUGUCCUCAGAAAAAGGCAAAGUCAUCGAAAGACCGCCAUCUGAAAGUUGGAGGCCGUGACCGUCGCAUCCGCAUUCCGGUGAGUUGUGCUUCUCAACUUUUCCAGUUGACAAAAAAACUCGGCUUUAAGACCGAUGGUGAAACCGUUGGCUGGCUCCUUAAAAAUGCUGAGCCAGCCAUCUCUGCCGCCACUGGUGAUGGCGUCACCACCACCGACAAUGAUGUUAUCAAUAGUAGUGGUAAUCACUACACCAAUUGUGAUAAUGUUAUUAGUAACAACCAUUUCCCUUAUAUGGGCGUAAAUUAUGGUCAUCAUGAUUCGGAGUUUCCAGUUCCUACGAUGAUGGAUCCUGCCCCUUCAUCUAGUUUUCCGGCGAAUGAUACGAGAAGGAUGAAUCAUCGGACACAAGCGCAGUUUCAACUUGAUGAGGAGUUGGCAGCAGCUGAGAAAGCCUUCGUCCAAUCUCUUAAACAAAGAGAGUAA